GUUAAGAAAUAUCGUGUUCUUGUUAAUAAAACAUAAAGAAAAAUUUCUUUCAAAAAAAUAAAAAUAAAUAUCGUGUUCUCGCUCAGCAUAAAUAGCCAAACUCUGCUAAUAAAAUCAUAUUCCAAUCUUGAUUAAUAAUUCAAAUACUACAUUGUUCCCCAAUAUUCAAGAUGCUUAGUUCAUUUGUUGAGAAGGUACAAAAGAGUUUAUCAGUCUUUGUACCAAGAAAGCAUGCAUUGAGCUACUGGAGUGAAGAUCAUGCCACAACCACAGGUCACGAGCUUGCUGAUGAUGUUAUGAAAGGUUACUUUGCUGUUCUUGCAAAGAAGGGUUUAGAAACUAGAAGAUUUAUUGUUGGGUUAGAUUACCUAACUGAUCCUGCUUUUUUGGGAUUGCUUGAUGAUGCUUGGGAGGAGUAUGGCUUCAGACAGAAGGGGACUCUUGUUGUUCCGUGUCGACCAAUCGAUUUACAGAUCAUUCUGGAGAAGAAGGCAGCACCAGCAUCAAGAUGAAAGAAAUAAUGAUAUUCGAAGUUAAGAUUCUCUCUAUUUCUCAAAAUAUCAUGAGGGCUCCGUUCACGAGAGAUAAGCACAAAUAUGAGAUUGGUAGAGCUUAUUUUUAAAAUUAUUUUUAAACUUGGGUCCUAUUAAAUUCUAAUGUGCUUUUCUCUUAUCGAAUGGAGUUUCUAUUUCUUUUGAGAAAUGCAGAUGAUUCAAAUAGUCAUCUUCCUAUGGAAGAAGAACAACGUAUCUUCUUCUAUACCAGGGUCUAGGAAUAUAAAAAAAAAAAA